AGCGGCCGUGGGCUCCUCCCCCGGCGCCUCCGCUAUCUGGGUCAGGACGCGGCGGGCCGCGGGGUCGGACGUGGGGACCCGCGGGCUUCGGGAGGCUGUCCGCCCGCCGCUCCGCUCCCGUCCGCCCGGCCGCAGGUCCCCGGUCCCCAGUCUCGAACGGCAGAGAGGCCCGCACGACGAACUCAGAAAUAAAACCCAAGAAAUGCCUCAUUCCACAAACAAAGAACUGAUACUUGGCAUCAUGGUGGGAACUACUGGAAUCAGCCUGCUUCUUUUGUGGUACCACAAGAUUUGUAAAUCAAGGACAACAUUGAAUUUACCUAAAUUUCUUUCUCUGGGUAACAAGCUUGAUUCCGUGACUUUUCAAGAUGAAAUGUAUAAUGGCCAAGGAACAGCAGCAAUCUUUCAAGGAAGGCAGCUUCAGAUAUUGGAGAAGUUAAAUGAAUUACUGACAAAUAUGGAAGAACUCAAAGAGGAAAUCAGAGUUCUUAAAGAAACCAUUCCGAAGCUGGAGGAAUAUAUACAAGGUGAACUUGGAGGGAAGAUAACACUUCAUAAGAUAAGUCCUCAGCACAGAGCUAGAAAAAGAAGGCUUGCCACAGUUCAAAGUUCUGGAACAAGUAAUAGUUCAGAGGAAGCAGAAAGUGAAGGGGGGUAUAUUACAGCUAAUACUGACACAGAAGAACAGAAUUUUCCAGUCCCUAAGGCAUUUAACACACACAUAGAGGAAUUAAAUUUAGAUGUCCUUCUUCAGAAGGCUGAUAAUUUACGUAUGAAUGAAUGUAGCAAGAUGGAAAGUUUUGAACUACUUUGUGAUCACAAAGAAAAGUUUAGGGAUGAAAUAGAGUUUAUUUGGCGGUUAGCUCGUGCUUACGGAGAUAUGUAUGAGCUAUCUACUAACGCUCAAGAAAAGAAACAUUAUGCUAAUAUUGGAAAGACAUUAGGGGAAAGAGCAAUUACUAGAGCACCCACGAACGGACAUUGCCAUCUGUGGUAUGCGGUUUUGUGUGGCUACGUAUCUGAGUUUGAGGGCUUACAAAACAAAAUCAACUAUGGGCAUCGCUUCAAGGAACAUCUAGAUAAAGCAAUCCAAUUUUUACCUGAAGAACCCUUUUUGUAUUACCUCAAAGGAAGAUACUGUUAUACUGUCUCGAAACUGAGCUGGAUUGAGAAAAAAAUGGCUGCUACUCUGUUUGGAAAAAUACCGACCUCAACUGUAGAAGAAGCGUUGCAGAAUUUCCUUAAGGUUGAAGAACUACACCCUGGUUUUUCUAAGUCCAAUUACUUGUUCUUGGCUAAGUGUUACAUCGAUCUUGAACAAACAGACAACGCUGUGAAGUUUUGUAACCUGGCAGUGUUGCUUCCUUGUGUUACCAAAGAGGAUAAAGAUGCACAGAAAGAAGUGAACAAAAUAAGCACGUCCUUGAAGAGCUAGCCGUGGUCUAUAAAGAUUCUUCACUGCACUUCAACCAGCCUCAUCCUGGAAAUCGGGUCAAAACUUGAAUUUCCUGCUUGCGAUCCCAAACACACACACACAUUUAUACACUCAAGAUUUCAAGCCCUGGCCUAGAGACGCCACUUAAUCACACUGAGCUGGUUCCUCCCUCUUUUCCAGUGACCCAUCGAGAUACCUGAAUGGGUUCGACUGAUUCUUGCCCAAACUCGGACAGCUGGUCUAAUGUUGACACUGCUGGCUGUAAGGGACAGGAGUCUUGCAGGUCCCUGCUCAGAUACGCAGUGUCCACAGGCUCGGAUGCCUCUGGCUCUCUCUAAAGAGCUCAAGGAAUGUGCCAGUUGAGACAGAUGAUUGUCACUGGCAGCAAAUGACAGAAUCAACCACGUGGGAGCAGCUCAUCCCAGCAGAGAGCAGUGCAGAGGCUUCUGCUAGGAAAUAUGAGGGACAUCGAACCGAUCUCCAUUUGUUUUAACAAAAUUCCUGUUUGGUCCCUGGAGUCAGUAUGUCUUCUGUGGACAGGCUGAUGUCCCUUGGUGGAGUGAUCCAGUUUCUGGAUAAGGACUUGACCCCAACGGGAGUGUAACACUCCUAAAAGUUAUUGGAACCUUUAAAGCAUCAGGAAUUGCUGACACAUUGGACAAUUUCUUCAGCAGGAUGUUAGCAGAGGAAGUCUCCCUCCUCGUCAUGCUUAUCCUGGAUCCCCUUCCAAUGAACGUUAAAGCCCUGCGGUCUAGGUCACAAUGGAACACAGUCUCCACAUUAAAUACGCCCCCUUUGAAAAUCUGCGUAUUUUUCUCAAAUGGCAGCUCUAUUGUAGAUGGUAAUACUUAUCCGGUGAAUUUCCCACGAAGCGAGCCAUGUGAACUGACGGUAGCUUUCUUUCUGUGGUUGCUUCACUCGGCGCUCAUGCUGCUGGCCUGCGGGAAGACAGCAUCGCUCCAGAUUGCUUCCGAAAUGAUUUCUCCGGGGGUCCCUGAGGCCAAGCUAGCGGUGCGCCGUCCACCACAAGCAAGAUACAUCAACUCCUAAACUUCCAAGAGACUUCACGCACAGCUUUGAAAAGGGGAGGUUCUGAUCCAGAAGAUCAUAAACUGCAUGUUUAAAUUUCUCAUAAAACAUUAGGUCGGCGUUCUGCUAAAAUUUUAGCAAUCGUCCUAACAAUUGUCAAAAAGCUUUUCAUUUGAUAAUAUUUGUAUAAUUCUGAAUUCUAAAAAGCAGCGCUAACAGCUGGAUGGGACCGUGGAGACUGUCUUCUAGACCAGCCUUCUCCUUCUCCCCAGUAAACAGUCUAAGCUCUGGUGCGUAGAUCACAUGGAAGGGGUCAGGGCGCUAGGCACUGGCCGAGCCAGGACUGGGUUCCAGCUCUCGGAAUCUCGUGCCCUCUGCCCUCUUCUCUGAGCCCAGGGCUUUUUACGUUUAACUGAUGGGAGCCCAGCAUGUCUGUCGUAGAUUAGGGGGUCCCGGAAUGGUAGCACUGCAUUGUGUUAACCCAUGGUUCUGCCUGUUUUAAGUGCUUUACCUGCAGCAACUCAUUUAAUCCUCACAGCGGCGUGACGAGAAGGAACCUUUGCUGUUACCCUAUUUACAGACAGGGCAGCUAAGGCAGGCGCUAUUAAAUACCGCACGGAGCUCAGCAUAAGAUUUGAACUUGGGCCGUCUGCUUCAGUCCACACUGUAGUCUGAACCACUAUGCAAUCCUGCCAGCAAAUGGGGGUCCAAAGGGAUGUGGGGGUAAAAGAAAAAACUUGUAUUUAUUUUUUGGAUAUUGAUAUCCAUUUUCUGGGUCACAUACAUUUCUAAUAACCUGUUGCGUAUCUUGCCUUAUAUUAAAUCUGUUUUCAUAUUCCCCUCCUUCUCCUUUCCCAAGGUAGGAAGGAGGAAAAGAGGUGGUGAAACCUGUUUUAAAGGACGUGUUCCCCCCGAUCUGUGUGGUGGGAAAGCCUCCAUAGAGACUUUAUGGCCUAUUUUUGGACAGUUAACAAGAAUAUUUUAUUACACAGUUAGAGACAAGGUCACAUUUUAGAACCAAGUAUCAUUAAUAUCUUGCUGUUCCAUGACUUCUGCUGCUUCCAAGCCAGGAUUUUGCUCUAGGUACCCAAAAUCAUGUCAUUAGUUUCAAAAAUAGCUUUAUUGAGGCGUGAUUGGCAUAUGUACACCAAAAUGUACAUAUUUAAGGUGGAUAACUUGAUGUGCGUGUAUAUAUAUAUAUACCUGAAACCAUCACCACAAGAUAACAGACAUUUCCAUCACCCCACAAGUUCCUUCACACCCUUUUGCAACCCCUCCCUCCUGACUCUCCCUGCACCUGCCAUCCCCAAACAACCACUGAGCUGCCCUCUGUCACCUAGAUUGCAUUUUCUAGACUUUUAUAUAAUUGGGAUUGUACAUUAUGUUUUCUCUUUUUUUGUCUGAUUUCUUUCACUCAAAAUUAUUUUGAGAUUCGUUCAUCUCGUCGUGUGUUCUAUUGCUGAGGUAUUUUAUUGUAUGGCUAUAUCGCAGCUGUUUCUCUCCAUUCACCUGUUGAUGAACAUUUGGGAAGUUUCCAGUAUUUGAUUAUUACAAACAAAUCUAUGAAUAUUCAUAUAAAUUCUUCAAAUAGACAUAUGCUUUCAUUUCUCUUGGAUAAAUACGUAGGAGUAGAGUGGCUGAAUCAUGUGAUCUAUGUUCAGCAUUUUAAAAAAUGGUCAAACUGCUUUCCAAAGUGGUUAUCCCAUUUUAUCUUCCCACCAGCAAUGACUGAGAGUUUCACUUCCUCUACCUUCUUAACAACACUUGGUAUGGCAUUCUCCAUAAUUUAGCUAUUGCUCUGUGUGUAGUGAUAUCUAAUUGGGGGUUAAUUUGCAUUUCCCUAGUGGCAAACUACAUUGAGUAUUUUUUCAUGUGCUUAUUUGCCAUUUGUAUAUCUUUGGUGAAGUAUCUAUUCAAAUUUUUUUGUCCAUUAUUUUAAUUAAGAUUCUAGUUUUCUUUUUUAUUGAAUUUUGAGAGUUCUUUAUAUAUUCUAUAUGAUAGAAGUCCUUUAUUAGACAGGUAGUUUGCCAAUGUUUUUUCUCUGUCUGUGGCUUAUCUUUUAAUUUCCUUAACAGUAUCUUUGACAGGACAAAAAUUUUUCAUUUUGAUGAAUCAAUUUAUACUUUCAUGUAUGAUGCUUUUGCUGGUGUUUCUAAAUAUCCUAGCUUAAUCCGAGGUCAUGAAAAUUUUGUCCUGUGUUUUCUUCUAGAAACUUUGUAUUUGGAGUUUUACCUUUAAAUCUGUGACCCAUUCUGGGUUCAUUUUUGUAUAUGACAUGAGGUAUGGAUUGAAGUUCAUUCAUUGUGUAUAUGGAUAUACAAUUGUUCUAGCACCAUCUGUUGAAAAGACUAUUGUUCUCCCACCGAGUUGCCUUUGCACCUUUGUCAGAAAUCAGUUUUCCAUAAACGGACGUACUUUCUAUUUUGUUCCAUUGAUCUGUUUAUCAGUAUUCAUGCCAGUACCACACUGCUGAUUACUAUGGUUUUAUAUUCUCUUGAAAUCAGGGACUGUUAUUCCUCCAUCUUUGUUUCUUCUCAAACUUGUUUUGGCUAUGCUAGCUUCUUUGCAUUUCCAUAUGAAUCUUAGAAUCAAUUUUUUAAUUUCUAAGAAAAAAAUCUACCUAGGAUUUUGAGGUAUUUUGUUGUUCAGUCUGUCUCUUCCACUCAGGGAGGUUGUGGGACUCCUCUCUGGCUCCCCCUCUGUGCGCUGUUGCCUGGAAACUGUCUCAAGGCAGUAACCCCAGCCAAUUGUAGGGCUUACCUUGUUUGUUACAGUCUCCCAGCGAUGACUGUCCUUUCUUUCUCGCUGUCUAGUAUCUUGAUAACCAUUGAUUCAUACAUUUUCAUACAUGUUUUGGCUUUUGAAGAACAGACAUUGUAACUUCAGGGAGUUGUCAUUCUGGAGCACUUCCCAGUCCUCUAAACCGUUAUUUUGUAUACAGCAAGCUCAAACAUAUUAAAUUGCUUUUUAAAACAAGUUUCUAUAAUGUUCAGAUGUAUCCAUUCUAUAAUACAAAACAAGUUGAACAAUUGUACUAUGAAAUUAUUUAAUUAGACUUUGGUUACAACUCAGAUAAUUUGUUUUUAAACAGCAUUCUUAAGCAUUGGCAAAUAAAGUCUG